AUGUCGCUUGCCGGCGACCUAAAUCCCCUCCAGACACAUCAAUGUGGAUUGCCAGAUGGAGGAGCAGGAGGAGCAGGAGGAGGAGCUAUAGGAUUGUGGAGCGGCAUGGUCUCCUUGCUGGUGCAAUCCCUACUCUCCGCCCAAUGUCAGGUGACUUCGCCUGGCCAAUGGCCAUCGGAUUAUAAAGGUGAUCUAAGUGAACCCUAUGACUUUGUGGUAAUUGGAGCAGGAUCAGCAGGAUCUGUGGUGGCCAGUCGGCUCAGCGAGAAUCCCGAGUGGCGUGUCCUCGUCCUCGAAGCCGGUGGAGAUCCACCGGUUGAGUCUGAGCUUCCAUCGCUAUUCUUUGGCCUACAGCACUCGGAUUUCGUGUGGAAUUACUUCACAGAACCAAGCUCAGAAUCCUGUCGCGGAAUGAAGGAUGGACGUUGCUAUUGGCCACGUGGCAGGAUGUUGGGUGGAUCGGGAGCUGCGAAUGCCAUGUUGUAUGUGCGCGGAAAUCGACGUGACUUUGAUGGCUGGGAGGCAAUGGGAAAUCCGGGUUGGAGUUACGACGAGGUUCUGCCCUUCUUCGAGAGAUCUGUGACGCCACAGGGUAAUGUAGCCCAUCCCCGGGGUUAUGUUUCCUUAAAUCCCUUCGAACGUAAUGAUGAGGAUAUUCAUCAAUUGAUUUUGGCUGGAGCUAAAGAGCUCGGAGUACCCCAUGUGCCGGCCUUUGAGGAGGGCAGUGAAACGGGUUAUACCCAUGUCCCGGGAACAGUGCGUAAUGGACAAAGGAUGAGCACUGCAAAGGCCUAUCUGGGAGCAGUGGUUGACUCAAGGCCUAAUCUUCAUGUGAUAAAGAAUGCUCAAGUUACAAGGAUCCAUGUGGAUGAAUCUAAUCCUCAGCGUGUGAGCUCUGUGAGCUUUGAAAAGGAUGGUAAACAACAUGGAAUUAAAAUAACCAAAGAGGUUGUGCUCUCUGCAGGAGCUAUAGAUUCACCAGCUUUGCUCCUACGCUCCGGCAUUGGUCCCAGGCAACAUUUGGAGGAAUUGGAUUUACCUGUACUUCUAGAUCUUCCUGGAGUUGGUAAAAAUCUACAAGAUCAUGUCCUAGUGCCGCUUUUCAUGCGUCUGGAUGAGGGUCAGGCCAAGGCAGCCACCGAGCAGGAGAUUUUGGAUGAUAUUUACAAUUAUUUAAUGCAUCGCAAGGGACCUCUGACCACACCCAGUACUGCCUCCCUGGUGGCUUUUGUUAAUACAAAUGCGAGUAGUGAGAGUGUUUAUCCGGAUACGGAAUAUCAUCAUUUGUUUUUCCAGCGUGGACGCCAUGAUUCUUUGGAAAUUCUCACCCGAGGUCUGUCAUUCCAGGAGCAAUAUGUAGAGCAUUUGCAGGAUUAUCUACGUGAUUCACAUCUCCUAUGUGUCUUUGUUUUGUUAUCACAUCCUUUGGCUAAAGGAGAACUACGCUUGCGAAGUACAGAUCCUAAAGAAGCACCCAUCCUGACCAGUAACUAUUUAACAGAGGAGGAGGAUGUGGCCACUCUUUUAAGGGGUAUUGCCUACAUGGAAUCCUUGGAGCAAACAAAAGCCUUCCAAGAGCAUCGUGCUGAAUUGGCUUACAUUCCCAUUGAAGAGUGUGAUAAGGUGAAAAACUAUCGCAGCAAAGAGUACUGGCAUUGUUUUGCCAAAUACUUUACAGUCACCUGUUAUCAUCAAUCGGGAACCGUGAAAAUGGGUUCCCGAGAUGAUCCUGAGGCAUGUGUGAGUCCCUCGGGAUUAAAGAUACAUGGUUUGAGUAAUCUCCGAGUGGCUGAUGCCAGUAUCAUGCCAGCUGUGGUCAGUGCCAAUACAAAUGCAGCCACUGUAAUGAUCGGGGAAAGGUUGGCGGACUUCAUUCGGAAGGAAUAUGAAAAUUUAGAGAAGGUGCCGCCACUGGCGCCAUCGCAUAUGCACGCGGAUGGAUUGUAAAAUCUUGGGUUUCUAUAUAUAUAUAUAUAAAGAUAUAUAUUUCCCAUUUCCCAUUUCAAUUCCAAGCACAGCUUAGUGUAUAGAUCACAUUGCACAAACUGGCAGAUUGUCAACAAGUGUUGUUUACACACAAAACAAAAUACUUUUCAUAUAAAAUCACAAUCAAUUUCAACUUAAAUUACAUAAAACAUAAGAAAGAUAUAUUGGAAUUUAAGGAUGUUCAAGAUUUUCCUUGUGUUUAACAUGUUAUAAAAGAGUUGACCUCAAAAAAACUAAAACUACCUAUACUUUUCAUAUAAAAACAUUUCCUUUAAAUCCUAAAAAACCAUAUUAGAGUCAAG